AUGGUAGUCCCACCUCCACCCCAACGAGGCACGGAAGGCCCUGUUCUUCCAGAAGCACAGGCCCUGAAGGCGAACCCUGUGGAGGGUCGUGGUCGGCAAGCUACCAUCAGUGAAUCGACUUCUCCUGCUUCCGUGAGUCGGCCUGGGGCCAGUACGAAUCCUAGUGGUCGAGAACUGUCACCCUUGACUGAAGAGCGCAGCUUGGAGAUUGAUGAACGUGUUCUUGAUGGCCCCGAGAUGAGGAAGGACAGUUCCACUGAAGACCACAUGAAACGAAUGCGGAGUGGAUCCAGCAAUAUCAUGGUAGCGGUUAGAACGAGGAGUCUCCUGCCCUUCGAAAAGGCUCAAGGUGGAAGGGAAGUCCUCAGGGUGCUGGAGAAUAAGGCUAUAAACCGGACCACUGGACUCCCCUCGGCUACGCACGUCGUCCAUUGGCGCAAGAGACCCGGUGGCGGUGAGGUGCUGUAG